ACAAAUGAUGUAACACCCAGAAAGUUCCGGACUAGCUAAAGGUCGACACUCAGCUAACCGCUCAGUACUGCGUCUCUAUUUAACAGCCAGAAACCUCACAAAUAUACACAUAAUUUAAAAAAUGCCAAGAGGAAGCAGAAGCAGGACAUCCAGGAUGCCCCCUCCAGCCAGCCGGGCUCCACCAUCACCACCACCUAUGGCCAGAGCUGCACCUCCUCCUUCGUAUGCCCCGGCUCCAACGCAUGCUCCUCCGUCUGCUGUGGGUGCUCCGGCCGCAGCACCCAGGCAGCCUGGUAUGUUUGCCCAGAUGGCAACUACAGCCGCUGGCGUGGCUGUGGGCUCUGCGGUAGGACACACCAUCGGCCACGCCAUGACUGGAGGCUUCGGCGGAGGACACUCAGAGCCUGCCAGGCCUGAUGUCACAUACCAGGAACCGUACCAGGCUCAGCCCACCUACCAGCAGCAGCCACAGUCCAUGUACAUGCAGCAGGAGGCCCCUCAGCAGCAGCAGGCCUGCUCGUAUGAGCUCAAACAGUUCAUCGAGUGUGCCCAAAACCAGAGCGACUAUAAGCUCUGCGAGGGCUUCAGCGAGGUGCUGAAACAGUGCAAGUUCGCUAAUGGUCUGUCGUGAGACUGAGACAAAACCCUGCAAAGUGAAGAGCACACACAAACUAUAAUAAAUAACCCGGCUGGACAAGAGAUCAAUAAACAUGCUUUAAUUUGACAGUUGAUCAUCAUCAGACUGUGUCAUUGUGUUCAUUCUCAGGACAGUGCUGCAGAAUUUGUAAUAAUAGUCGUAUAAAUAAUGUUUAUAUAUAUAUUGCUGCGAGUUGAUUUCAGUUGUCUGUUUUUCAUUAGUGCUUUUAAUUUAAACUGAUGAGAUGCAAUUGUAGAUCAUAACUGUGUAGUUUC